AAAGCUGUUAUAUCGGAGUCUCCAAACAGAAAACAAACACUUUUUAAUAUUCUAAAUAUUUUUUGAGUCUCCAAUAAUUAGACACUAAUAUAUGAGAAGUCAGCAUCAGAUAUUGUGUUGUUAAAGCUUUGUAUUGUUUUCAACAUUGUCAUCAAGAGUUGAGAAGUGGGUAUUUUCUCUGGUAUAAUAUAUCAGAUGGGUUGUUAGUGUUUUGUUUAUUCUUUGACUGGGCAUUCAAAGAUGGUGAAUUUCAAAGAGUUUUGGACUAAGAAAACUUUGAUUGGUCUUGUUUUGGGACAGUUUUUGUCUCUGCUUAUUACUUCUACUGGAUACGCAUCCAGUGAGCUCAGCAAAAAAGGAAUUAAUGCGCCAACAUCUCAGUCAUUUCUAAACUAUGUGCUAUUGGCCCUCAUUUAUGGAGCUGUCAUGCUUUACCGGAAACAAAAGCUUAAGGCAAAAUGGUACUACUAUGUAAUUCUUGCUUUGGUGGAUGUAGAGGCCAAUUUUCUUGUGGUGAAGGCAUAUCAGUACACGUCUAUGACAAGCGUCAUGCUGCUCGAUUGCUGGUCAAUUCCAUGUGUGAUGGUUCUUACAUAUUUUUUCUUGCACACAAAGUAUAGAUUCAAGAAGAUAGUUGGAGCACUGAUUUGCAUUGCUGGACUUGUCAUGGUUAUUUUUUCAGAUGUUCAUUCAAGUGACCGAUCAGCUGGGAGCAAACCUUUUGUAGGUGAUGCUUUUGUUAUUGCCGGUGCAACACUCUAUGCUGUCAGUAAUGUCAGUGAGGAGUUUCUUGUGAAGAAUGCAGAUAUGGUAGAACUUAUGUCUUUGCUUGGCUUUUUUGGUGCAAUCGUUAGCGCUAUCCAAAUAGCCAUUCUUGAGCGCACCGAGCUUAAAAAUAUUCGCUGGUCAGCUGGGGCUGCUCUACCAUUUUUUGGAUUUUCAGCGGCGAUGUUUCUGUUUUACUCAUUUGUACCAGUCUUACUUAAGCUUAGUGGAUCAACAAUGCUCAACCUGUCUUUGCUAACAUCAGAUAUGUGGUCUGUCCUUAUUCGCAUUUUUGCGUACCAUGAAAUGGUUGAUUGGAUGUACUAUGUGGCAUUUGCUGGUGUUGUUAUCGGUCUUGUCAUUUAUUCAGGGGGUGAUAAGGAAGAGAAUCAUCUCGCGGGUGUUGCUGAUGAAGAGGCAGCGCAAAAUAAGCUGUGCAAUGAAGAGGCCGGUUCUGGGAGCUGCAGCUACGGACCUUUAACGGGGAGCUCGAAAACAAGAGAUAUUCGGGAGGGGCAAGAGAAUGAAAACAAGAAUUUAGGAAAGGAAGGACAAGAGAAGGUGUCAUAAUUUAGAUAUUUUAUGGAUUGCUACUGCUCCACAAAGUGCAGCAGUCAUUAGAAUUUUGAUAGAAAAGAGGUAAUAAAAAUUAUUUUAGAGGUCUAUGAAUUAUGACACUAGUUUUGAAAGUUUAGUUAGGUUUCAUUGGUUUUAUCUGACUUCCAUUUUCCUGAAUUUGGCAACUGAAAUUCCUUUCUGGGGUUGAGCUAGGGGGGAACAUAUUUUUGUCAAAAUUGAAAUAACUCAUCAAACUGAAUUAAUUUAAUCAAAUCAAAUUAGUUAAUAUGA